CUGGCCCGAGCGAAGGGCUGGCCCCGCCGCCGCGCCAGGAUAAUGGCCCGGGCCGCCUUCGUUCUGCCAGCCGGCCCUGCGGCGGGGGAGCGAGGAUGAGCCCAUGAGCCCGGCGCGGCGGUGGCGGCAGGACGGGGCGCGGGGGCGGCGGGAGCCGGCGGGCAGCGUGUCCCCCCGGGCGGCGCCUCCCAGGAGAACGGCGAGGGGCCUGGCGUCGGCCCGGCGCGGACAUGCACUGUGAGCUUACGGAGGGCCAGAAAGCCGUCGCCGGUCCGGCCAGCUUCGAGGUGACCCAUAAAUGUCAGGGAGUGUCUCUGAAGGAGCUGCCGCGGGAGACUCGUGCCAGCGCUGGUAAAGCUCUCUUGAAUCCUCAGAUGUCCUUUAAAGCAACUGUCAGCAACGGCAGUGACCUCGCGGAGCCCCAGCAGAGCCCCCCUGAAAUGUCAGCGCCUCUGCUGGAUUUCGUCCCCAAAAGACCCAGCAUCUUCGAGAGGAUCCCGAUUCUGCCGAGGGCGCAGGAACUGCGAUGCUCUAGAAGCUGCAAAGAUUAUUUCCAGCAGCAGAAGCAUCAAAGCCUGAAGGUGAACGGUGCCUACAGUCAUUGUAAUUUGGUCUCUGAGAAGAAGAGCAUGAUGGACAUGGAGAUGACAAGUAGCUCAGUACCUGUCUGCAGACAAGGUCUGUUCAUCCACACAGGAAACUCACUUAUGCGAGACCACCCGCUGUCCUGUGAGAGACUGCUGCAUGUUGGGCAGCUGAACUUGACACACUCAGACAUAAGGUCACCCAGGUUUCAAGACUCAGUAAAUUCUGCUGCUCCGUGCCUGAAUGGAAGUCACCCGGCUCAGCACAUUAAACAAGAAUGCUCCAGUGAUUAUAAGGUUCUGUCUGAGGCUUCCACACAUAGGAGGAUUACAGAGGGGAUGGAGCUGAGGGCCUCUGGUAGUCUGCAUCCUGAAAUAGACCUAAUGAAUAAUAGCUUUACAAAUUCACUUUCAUCCUACUUGUUUAAUAAUGAACACAGCUCCUCCCUGGGCCCUCUGUCACUUGGCACCCCUCAGCACUCAUCCAGGCUACAAACAAGCAACCUGAAGAAGAGAUGCAUCUCUGUUGUGCCAUCUUCAGACGAAGGAAUUGAUAUUACUGCUAUCAUCCGCACGUCGCAGACGUCACUGGUCACCUGUGUGAAUGGGCUGCGAGCUAAUUCAGCUGGCAUUUCCUCUCAUCCUGUGGAGAUCAGUCAGCACAGUGCUCAGAAAUCCUCUCGGCCCCAGUCUUGCUCUCAGCCUGGAAACCCGUGCAGUGUUCCCUCCCCUCCAGCAUGCCUCGUACCCAUUUCCAGUGAAUGUGACAGAGGUGACUGUGAGCAGAUACAAAUGCAGCAACUUGAGAAUGGAAGCCUCAGCCUUAUGAUGAAUGGUGCCAGCGUUCCUCAUCAAAACACCUUGCACAGCACCCAGAAGGUGAGUUUCUUAAAACAAGAACCAGCUGAUGAUUAUUCCUCCACUGCUGAUCUUUUUCGACAUCAUCAGGGGCUGCCUCCCCCUUACCAUCUGCACCAGCAACUAAGCCAGACCCAAGGGACGCUGCCUCACUUACAUGCCUCUAUGUCUCCCAAGUCCCUUCAGCCCAGCGAUGGGGAUGAGCAGGAGCUCGCCAAUGGCAAGCAGGUCUGUCAGUGGAUUGACUGCAGUGCCACGUACGACCAACAAGACGAACUGGUCAGACACAUAGAAAAGACUCACAUUGACCAGCGGAAAGGAGAGGACUUCACUUGCUUUUGGGCAGGCUGUGUCCGCCGGUACAAGCCCUUCAACGCUCGCUACAAACUGCUGAUUCAUAUGAGGGUUCAUUCUGGAGAAAAACCAAACAAGUGCAUGUUUGAAGGGUGCAACAAGGCAUUUUCUAGGCUGGAGAACCUUAAGAUUCACCUUCGGAGUCACACUGGGGAGAAGCCAUACCUGUGUCAGCACCCCGGCUGCCAGAAAGCUUUCAGCAACUCCAGUGACCGGGCGAAGCACCAGCGAACACACCUGGAUACUAAGCCCUAUGCCUGUCAGAUUCCUGGCUGCUCCAAGCGCUACACCGACCCCAGCUCCCUGCGCAAGCACGUCAAAGCUCACUCAGCCAAAGAGCAACAGGUGCGUAAGAAGCUGAAUCCGUGCACUGAUGCUGAACAAGAUGUACUCAGUGAAUGCUUAGCUAUACAACAGCUGCACACAUCUUCACAACACAUUUUGGAUGGGAAAUGUGGUAGAUCUGUAGGCCACCAUGAUUUAAUUACAGGCAUGUACAGUGGCUCCAGUGCUAACCAGAACGGGCCCUCGCCAGGUGUUGUGCCGCCUCCUCAUGAUGUCCCUUCAAGACACCACCCACUCGAGCCUGCCCUGCCCAGUCCUCACCACCACCCCUCAGCGCUGGAGAGUGCCAGGGAAGGGCUUGCUCCCAACAUCAUCUCUCCACUCGUCAGCCCCCUGAAGGCUUUAGUUCCACCGUCCCUGCUGCAGAAACACAGCUCUCCAGCAGCCCACAGCCACUCACCUCACGGGCAGCAGUUCUCUGGAGUACCAAAUAAACCAUACACACCAUUCCAAGCCCAGCCGGCACAGCAAGGGUCUCAAGGUUACCAAGGCAGCUUUCACUCAAUACAAAACUGUUUCCACUAUGGAGACUGCUACAGAACAAUGGACCAGGCUGUCACCAGUGAUGUACUCACAGGGGAACCACACUGCUUUAAUCCUCUGAGACAGAAUGGCUAUCACAUACUCAAUGCACCUUUAGCUUCAACAGGCUAUGAAGCAGUGUCUGAGGCACAGUGUGUAUCUGAAGACAUGGUCUCCAACGGCACUGAUGAGAAUGGAUUCUUCCAGAACAGUGCCUUUGAUCACUGCUUGAACCACAUUCCUUCCAUCUACACUGACACCUAAGAGCAGUGCUGACCUGGUUUCCUUUCUUAUAGCUGUAACGUGUAUGUAAUUACAAAGGUGUUGUUCAAGUACUUGUAUUUAGUCUGUACCCCUAUAUGUGCUCAUUUAAAGAACCACCUCACAUUUACCAAUCCAUUUUAUACAUGACUAGUCUGUAUGAGGUCAUAUUGCAUCCUGUUCCUUUGCUGUGGUACUUUGAAAUUCAUGCUUUAAGGGAAUGAGGAGCAAUUCAAGCAGCUUGUUUUGUAAGUUCUCUCAGUAAAGUGUAAAUGUAACUUAUAUAAUAAACAUGUAAAGAAGGUUUGCCUUUUCUUUUCCCCUGAAAAGUAUGUUUCAGUUUAAGAAUGUUGUUCCCUUUGAUCAGUUUUCAUUUAACACAUUGGUCAUUUUUUUCUCUUUUUAACUGAAAGGAUUUUUUUUAGUCACAGACCUCAUGUAUAUAAUGAUAUUCAUUUGCUCAGCUGGUUUUAUAUUUUCAGUUUUACAAGAAAGCAUUAAAAACUGGAAACGG